AUGCACCACAUCUCGCUCUGCGGCCUCCUCGCGCUGAGCCUCGCGGGCUGUGCGCUCUUCUGCACGUCCUUCGCGGUGAGUUUGCCCUUUUGGGCAUCCACGGACGACGUCGACUCGCGUCUCUCCGACUCGGACGACGACUACUCGAUGUUUGCGGCCGGCAUUUGGGGCUUCUGCACCGAUAUUAUCACGGACGAGCACAACUACGUGCGAGCGAAUUGUACGCCGUACCGCAAUUGGCUCUUUGGCAGCCCCAACGUGCCCUACAACAUUACGUAUUCGUCGGUUGCGAUGACGAUUGCGCCGGUCGGCAUGUGCCGCCACGAGCUUGGGUCCUCUGCGCUCAGUGCGCUGCAAGCGACGCUGCCGCUGAGCCCAUCGCAGUUUCGUGCGUUCUAUGACUCGUCGUGCGGCGGCUGGGCGCGCUUCUCGCUCGUCAUCAACGUUUUCGUGCUCAUCAGCGCGAUCUUUACGGUUGGCGUCUACAGCGUCAUUGUUGUCUUUUGGAUUUGCCCGCCGUCGAUGCACACGCAGCUGUUCAUGUCCCGCAUCGGUCUCCGCCUCCUUGUCACCGUCUCGAUGGGCUCGCUGCUCGUCCUCUCCGCGUGGUCCAAGCAGAGCCCCGUGCACGUGCCAUACGGCAGCGCGUACUUUUCGGCGCUCGUGGCGACCUUGCUGUACUUCUCGGCCACCAUGGGCGCCUGCAAGUAUCAUUUCUACGACAUCCCGCGCCUCAACGGCGUCCUUAACGACGACGGCGAGACCUUUCCCGAGGCCGUCAACGUUGUUUUCAUCGAGCUUGGAACGCCCGUCCAAGACAAGGACGUGAUGCCAACGGUCGCGCGCGUAACGACCCCCGUUAUCACGCACGUUUAA